AUGGAGCAUGUGACUGCGAUCGACAAGGAUCAGCGCUAUGACUGGGACUGCGGACUAGUGUGCUGCCAGAUGUGCUUGAAGUGGGUCAACCGACCCCAGUCCUUCUCGGCUCUGACUAGGAGGUGCCCGACGAAGAGCACAUGGUCCAUCGACCUUGCCUUCCUGCUGCAUGGGUUCGGGGUGAAGGCUCGAUACUACACCAUCACGUGGGGAGCAAACCAAUCGUACACUGAGAUCGAGUAUUACAAAGAGAAUUUGCAGAGUGAUGCCUCUAGGGUGAACGACCUCUUCAACAAUGCAGCGGCACGAGGCCUGCAUGUUGAGCUGAAGUCACUCGUGAUAGACCAGAUCAUCGAGGCGCUCGUGAAGGAUACUUGUGUCAUCAUGAUACUGGGCUGUGCCGACGCCUCUGCCAUGUUGAAGGGGAAGCAGUCGGAGACAGGGGAGGAGGCAGGGCAGGGCACUGAACGCAUGCCCCACUCCUUGCCUUCCGUUGGAAUCGACACUGGAUUUGUUGGGCAUUAUGUGAUUUUGAUCGCAUACCAUACAGAGAAGCAGAUGUUCGAGAUCGCAGAUCCUGGAGUUGAAGCAGAACGAAGGCUCAUUCAGAAAGACGCAUUGGAGCAUGCGCGGAAACAACAUGGCACCGAUGAAGAUCUGUUAGUCAUCGACGUUGAAAACCUCAUGCAAGACUGUAACGAGCUGAACACUUCAGCGCCUGAGGAAAGGGAGGAAAUUUUCCUACGUUGCAAGAGAAAAGGGUGA